UUUUGAAAAUCGAAGAAAGCGUAGAUCGUUUGGCUAAGUUUAUUAUACGGAUAAAUUCCAACAAAUUGAUAUUUUGCAUGUCAUAAUGUAUCAGCAACAAGUUCGUCCAUCAUCUCAGAGUGGUCAGUCAGCAAAUAAUUCUUUUUCGUAUCCAAAUUUUUCAUAUCAUCUUGCAGAUCAUAAAUCAAAUAAACAAAAUUAUUCCAAUUUCGGUAAAGGAACAGGACAAAAGUUUGUAACUUCAACUGCUAAUUCUCCUCCUCCUCCUCCCCCUCCUCCACCUCCACCUCCUCCUCCUCCAUCUCUUAUUGGUAACACUAAAUAUAUAAAUAUGAUGUCAAAUUCAUCUGUUGAAAAAAAAACCAAUAAUAAUAAUUCAGCCUUGACAGAACCAAGUAAUGAUAAUCAGUUCCAACAAAAUUCUUUCAAAAAUGAAAUGUCUAGAGGUCUACCACCUGGCUUUUCAAAAGCAGAGGCUGAACAAAAAAAUUCACGAAAUACUGAAGAAGAUCCUGUAACUAAAGCCAUGGUUAAUAAUUUGAUGGGAAAUGUACCCAAUAAAAAAAAUAGGGUAACUUUGCACUGUGACUUAUGUAAUUUGGAAUUUAGUUCUCAGAUUCCAUUAGACAUGCAUCUUAAAGGUGCUAAGCAUGCCAAAAAACUUCGAUCCAUGGAAAUUUUAAAUGUUCUUGAACAAGAUGGUAAAGUUGUUCAGCCCAAAGGUGUUAGCAAUUCUCUUCGAUGUGAAAUUUGUGAUGUUAUUGGAAAUAGUUCACAACAAUUGCAGAUGCAUCUAACUGGGAACAAGCACAAAUCUAAAUGUCGUUCUCUUGGUAUAGAUCCCAGUUGUUUUCAGAAACCACCACCACCCCCUCCACAACCAGUACAAAAUGUUGAAGAAGAAAAAAGUCUGAAAAGAACAUAUGGUAAUUUUGUUUUUGUAUUUUGAUGAAAUUAGAAAAUAUUAAACUUCUUAAAUUAUAGUUUUGGAAAAAUAUUUCAUUACUUUUUGUUUUUAUAGUUGUUGAAGAUUAUAUUUAAUAGUUAGAAAAUUUUCUUCAGUAAAAGUUUUAAAAUUUCCAGAAAUAAAAAUAAAAUUUAUAUUUUGACACAUAUACUAUAAACGAAUCAGUCUAAUAACAAAAUCAGCCAUUGUUUAUUGCAUUUAUUUUAAUAUUUGAACAUUUAUAGUGUUUCGUAUCCAAAAGAAUGUGUGGUAAACUUUAUGUAAAAAAGUGAAUAAAGAUAUUUUAUAUGGGAAAGUAUACACCAGCACAAUCUAUAACUGAUUUCCAAUGAGUUAAAAGUUUGUACUGUAAAAUCUAGUAGAAAUCUUUAUCUCUUGAAGUGAAGAAAGCUGUUUUUACACUUCUUAGUUUCAGAAUUUUUGAUUGAAUUGAUGAUUGUUGAACACAAAGAAAACAUGUUACUAGGAUGGUGCAAUGUCUGGAGAAUAAUAAGUAGAAUUUCCCAUCAAAGACUAUGGAGCUUGUAUUGGGUCAUUUACACUUUUCAGGUACUAAAAGAGCACAGUUUCUUUGUAAUAAACAAGUAUUUUUGAAACAGUGCAUCUAUAGUGGGAUAAUGACAUAUGAGUGAAUCUGUGUGCAGGAUUUCCAAUAGAAUGGGCCAAUUGAGAUUUCUUUAAUUUUUUUGUGAUACAGUCUAAUAUUUAUAAAAUUAUAAAUAAUUUAUUCAUUUUAAAAGUAGUAAAUUGCAUUAGUACACUGUAGGUCUAUUUAAGAUUUGUCUAAAAAUUCAGAGAAAACUUGAGCUUGUAUCAACUGUUUUCACUAGUGAGACUUAAGCUGUAUGUGAAAUUUUUAAUAAAAAAUAAUGUUAAAUCACUUAGUCUUUCUUUGGCCAUUGAACACAAGAAAUAUCCUGGAAAUUGAAUGAGAUUUACAUCAAUAGUUUCACUAGCAGGAUUUGAAAAUAUCACAUUUUGUCAAAAUAUUAAAUUGUUGGAUAUUUUCAGUUAUUAUAAUUUUCAACAAUAAAUGUUGUAACUUAGUAACCAUAUUUUACUUUCACUCUUCAAAUCUCUCAUAGUGAGAAGUAUAGCUAUCCCUCUUAUAACACUGUAGUUACAUUCUGAAAAAGUGCUGUGUUAUGUGAAUCCGUGCUAUAUGAAACAAAGGACUAAUGCAAAACAUGAGGUUAGGUUCCAGAAGUUAGCAAAAGUGUAGUUCUUUUUAUCAUUAAGAGAAAUACGUUUGUUAAAACAAUCAAUAAUUAACUAACAACCACAAUUAAAAGUAUUGUAUGACACAUUAAUAUUAAUUUUAGUUAA